UUGCAGAAUUCUCUUAAAAAAUUGAAGUAAAAGGAAGAAAUAAAAAAGAAGAAGGGGGGUCUGGAGGUCUUGCUUAUAAGGUAGCUAGAUUGUGUUUGAAAUGCAAUAAUAGCCGGGUAAUUAAGGCAUUAUAGGCGGGGGAAUUCCUGGCCCCCGAGUCUUAGAGACAACCCUGCCGCAACUGUCUCCAAAGACCAAACUGGUGAUAUGAUGUAAUAGUUGUUGAUUGUGAUCUUAUUCUUUAAUGGUGUUUUGUAAUUUUAGGUUGUGUAAAAUGAUAUGUUAUUAUCAUAUUGCAAAAAAUAGUUUUUAAUUAUACUGGAAUUUAUCUGUGCAUACAAAGUGAUUCCAAAGUGGUUAAAAAUCUGAUUGCCUUUAUACAUGAUACUUUUAAAGAUUUAGCCUCAUAUUGAGUCUGGAAUUGACAUAAGGCAUAAAACAUAUACGGUAGUAUAUUUUUGGGGAUGUACUUGUAGAGGAGGUUGUUAUGUCUAGUUGUAAAGGGUUAAGCAAAAAAAAAAAAGGUGAAGUAUUCAGUAGAAUAACGAAAGUAUAUCAGAUCUGCUGGGUAGCUGAAUAGUGAAUAUAGAUGAAUAUUCCACUGAAGUUAUAGGCUGUCAGGUGAGUGCUGGGGGUGAGUGCUGGGGUCAGGUUUGGAGCAUCGCAUUGAGUAAUUGGUGGGUUUAUGUAAUGAUCACUUUGUGAUUGAUCCCCUGUCACCAAGAAAGAGCAUCGGAAGACAUCUACCCCCUAAUCCGCUGAUGAUGUUAAUGAUAAACCAGUCACUUUUUAUACACAUUUAUGUGUCCAUUAUGUAUUACAUCCUAUAUUGUGUAAACUGGCAGAGAUGUAUUUUUUGGGAUGUACUUGUAGAAGGGUGCUUAAUGUUAUGUCUAGUUAUAGAGGGUUAAGCAAAAAGAAAAAACCAGAAAGAAGCCACUGGGGUGUUGGGUCUUUGCAAAGGAAAAUUACAAAAAUAUUUUUCAGCUAAGAAAAUGGGGUAAGAUAAACUGCCUUGAUUUUUUUCAAAAACUUUUAUGAAAAAAGAAAUUAACAGAUUUUUGUUGAGAGGGUAAAAGUAUUUUUGAAUCUUUAAAUUUGUAAGGGGAUAGCUUUUCCUUAGAAUAAUUUAACAGGUAGUUUGUUCUGAUUUUUGAACAAGUGCUUAUUCAAAAAUGUCUUUUGUUGGACAGGCUCAUGUAUGGUCACAUCCUAGCAUGCAACAUACCCCAGAGCAAGCUAAUCUUGGUGGCAGGUCAUGCAUGAUUUAGAAUAAAUUCUUUAGCAGAAAUGCAUUACCAUGGAGUGACCUUCGGGUAUGCGGACCUCCUCGCGUGUUGUGGAGGUGUUUCAUUAUCCUGUUUGUUUUGCAUGCAGGAAUGCCCACAACCAGGUCUCACCAUGCAUGACAGCCCCAAAUCAAUGCACGUUUUAAGGCUGUUUAUUCUGGGAUACACUUGUUCCUGUUGGCAGGAGAAUUUGAUACCCAGUCACAUGCAUCAAUUGCUUUAAACAUGUUUAUACGAAAUAAAGGAUAUAUGUAUGUACGGUAAAUUGUGUGAGAUAUGAAUUGUAGAAGGUGAAUUGCAUUCUCUAGAGUCUGUUAACGCGUGUGUAUGAAGGAUUCUCUUAGCUUGGUAGAUCCUCUGUUUUUAUUGAUUGGUAGACGAUAAUGCUUAUGAAAUAUUAAAGCAUCUUUUAUAGGCAGUUUAUAAAUGGCAAUCUAUAUUUCAGUUCAUUUAAUGGAAAAAGAAACAGUGGGUGCAUUUUUAUCAAUUGCAUAUUUAUACAAAUUUAAAAUAUUUGUAUAGACAGAUUGAAUGAUUAAGUAACAAUAUAAAUUAUCAAUUGUUAUUUGAAUGUUGUUGAUAGCUGUACAUCAAUAUAAAUACAAUGUAUUAUAACACAUAAUUUCCAAGAAUACGAGUAGGAGAUAACAGAAAAUUUGCUGUGUAUCUAGAACUUGAUCCUCUAUUGAUGUGUAAUGUGUAACAUUUCUUGGAAAUACUACCGGUAAUAAAUAUAUUCUAUGAUUUUUUUUUUAUUUAGUAUUGAGUAUAUGUACAUAUUGCACUGAAUUCUGAUAAUAAUUUACGAUUACUAUGUGUAAUUUUCUCCUAGAAAUUUUUUUUAUUGGGUUAGGGGAAUCAAAUGUAAGAGACAACUCAGAUGAAGGUAUGAAAUGUUAGGGCACUUAAAAAUGUUUAAGAUCUUUUGAAACGCAUCACUAGUUGGGCUGUCUUAUCAGAGCGGGAAUUCGGUGUUUCUCGUGUUGGCCUGUGUCAAUAUACCUGCUGGACACUUUACUUGGGUGGACAUUGUAUAAUCUCCAUUGUGUGGGAAUUCAAGUGGCCAGUUAUGUAAUUCUCAGUUAAAGGGAAAAUAGCAUAAUCUUCUGGAAAAUGCUGGGAAUUUUCCACCAAAUGGCUCCAGAAGAAGGCGAUCUGUGAAGACAGUAGUAGCAGACAAUAAUGGGAACCUCAUUGAAAGGCCAGACACAGAAAACAGAAUUAUAAAGAAAUCUCUCAGGGGUUCUUCCUCCAAGAGCAAAACUAACUCUUCCAAGGAAAGCAAGGACCUGACAGAAAAUGGAAACAUGGUGGAAGAAACAGACACUGACAAACGGAGAAUGAAGUCGACUUCUCCAGUGGAUGAUCACGAAGUCAGUAAAGAAGCGGAUCCGGAAAAUCCAGAGAGCAAUGAGAAAUCCACUGAUCAUCCAGAAUCCAUGGAUAAAAGAAUGGCAGUAGUCAGUGAGGAAGAGGGAGGGAGAAGUGUGCUGGAGAAUGUGGAUGCUGUAGUUAAAAAGGAAAUGAUGGAUGAUGAAAUAUCCGACGGAGUCAGUUGUGAUCCGGGGAGUGAGGAAGAGGACAGUAAUAACGAAGACUUCCAAAGCCUAUCCCCCGGGGCGGGCCAGGGGUGGGGUGGUGGCCACGACAGCAGUGACAUGAGUGAGGAACCCUUUCAGGAAGGGUGCCACUUUGAAAUAGAAAAUGGAAUGUUCAAGUGUGAGUUCUGUGGUGUCUUAAAGGAUACUGUCACUGAACUCAAAACCCAUCUGAGGACACAUACAGGAGAGAGACCUUUCCUGUGCUUGGUUUGCAACAAAUCUUUCAAUGCGAAGAGGACGUUGCUGUAUCAUCAGUUUUCAGUGCAUGGUAUAGAACAUAAAAGCAUCGCUGCCCGGUACCCAGACAUUCGCAAGAGAAAGUUAGAAGCGGGAGAGCUAGUGGACGAAUCCGUCAUUCAGGACCUGGAGAAGAAACGCCAAAAAUUUGAGACUGAGAAUAACCUGAACUUUGGCAGAGAUUGCCUGGACAGCAGUCUGCCAUUCCUAGUUAAUGGGGUGGUGGUGGAAACCAGUAAGAAGCGAGUCUGUGAGAUUUGUAAGAAGGUGUGCAUGAAGCCGAGUGAUUUGAAGAGGCACAUGAUGUCACAUACAGGUGAAAGGCCAUUCAAAUGUGAGGUGUGUGGGAAACAAUUUCGGGCCAAGAACAGCAUGAUGUAUCACCUCAAGUCAGCUCACGGCUACAUGCUGGAGCUGAGCCCAGGGCUAGAGGAGCGAUACCAGAAGCUCAAGAAGCAGAACAAAGUGCCCACGAUGGGCAACGGGAAGGCCUCAAACGAUGCUUCCCACCAUAGAACCUCCCCCGGCCUGUCCUCGGAGGGAGGUUCUAACCCAGCAGUGUACCCAACCACCCCCUCCACCCUCUCCACAGCAGCCCUGCCCCUAUACCACUCUCUACAGAUGACCAACGGGGAGACACCAUCUCCCUACUGCAGUGACAAAUCCUUCAGGGAUCCACUACCAGAGGAAUCCUUGGGGGUCCUCAAACACAAAGACUCCACAUUUGAAUCUGUCAAUCCCAAGAUAUUUGCACCUAUUCCUUCACUUAAUGUAACACAGCUGGUCAAACCAGGUGGAAUUACAGCAGGAUAUGAAAUCCAGCAAGUCUCCAACUCAGGAUCCUGUGAUAUGAAGGUGGACAGUGAAACUGUUCUGGUGACACGCCUGGAUGGGACUCUGCCGUAUUCGGGACAGAAGGUGUGUGCGUACAGGUGUUACCUCUGUGGGAAACUGUUCAAUUACCUCAGCAAAAUACAGUUCCAUCUCUCAUUCCACUUUGAGAGGGAAAUCAAAACAUAUCAUUGCAAACACUGUUCUGUAUCACUUCCAUUUCAGUAUCAAAUGCACAAACAUGUGCGUAAAUGCCAUUCCACUUUGUUAUCCAACACAGGCUUAUCUACCUCAACUGCUGAAUCUUCCACCCCUCCCACAGACUGCCUGAGUCCGAGUUCAGCCACUUCACUCUCUGACCAUUAUAGCGUACUGAGAUUUAAGAGGAAAGACAAUGGAUCUUACUGUUGCAUGAUCUGCAAGAAAUCUUUCUGCCUAGAGUCCUCUCUUCUGAAACAUAUCAAAAUGCACAGCAGUCAUGAUUUCUGUUACUGCAGAGAUUGUGGGCAAGGAUUUUCUGACUAUGAUGUUCUACGGAAACACUUCCAACAACAGCACGAAGAGCAACAGGGAAGUAAUGCAUGUGAAACUCCACACCAUUCUAUUGCUGGCAAAGAGUGGAAAUGUGAGGAGUCCAAUGGUGCCCUACCAUCGGAUCUGUCCAAAAAGUCUAGCUAUGAAAUGGCCGACAUCAAAGCUGAAAGUACUAAUAUGGAGGAAAGAAAAGCAAAGGAAAUUUUGGAGAAAGAAGGAAUUGGCGAAGUAACAGUGGUGUUACCAUGUGACCCUGAUGAUGAACAGAAAGCCCAAGGAAAUGAGUCGACCUUGGAUGACUGGCAAGAAGAUGAAGAGGAGCAAGUAGAUGAUGUUAACAGCAGCGAGAUACAGACAGCUCCUAAAAGGACCCUGUUGUCAAAAAUGUCCGGGAAAUCCAAGAGGAAGGCAUCUCAGCCUGUGAGGUUUAAUCAUUUGAAGGAAAAAAAGAUGGAAGAUGAUGAGAAUCCGGCGGAAAUGGACAAACCAGAGGCUGAAUAUCAGCCAACAAACGACAUCAAAGAGGAAGAGGACUUGGAGAUGGAGUCUUCCAACAACUUGAAUGAAUCCAUACAGAGUAACAACUCCAGAACCUCUUCCCCAGCCAAAUCCAUAGCCUCUUCUUCAGAAAUGGAUUACAAAUUCCCAGGGGCUCUUCCUGCUUCUGGCUUUUGGCCACCACCCAUGUUGUCUAAUGCUCAAUUUCCCCACUCUCUGUUGGCUACAGGACAGUACCUUCAGGCUAUGGCUUCCUCUGGCCAUGUUGCUAAUCCUGUAUCACUAGCACAAGCUAUGAACAACCCUGCUACUGCUCAAGCAAUGUUGGCAUCAGGACAGAUGUCUUCUAUAGCUCAAGCCAUGGCCAAUGCAGGUCAUCUCCCAGGCUCUCUGGCUAACGCCAUGACAACUGCUUCAUCAAAGUCAAUGUUCAUGCCCCCAAAUUUAGCUUCUGCUGCUGCUGCAUUCAUGCAUCCAUCUUUUUCAUUUCCUCAAAUUUAUGCAAUGCAAGCUGCUAUUGCUUUUCAACAAUCAAAACUGAACAACAAUGUUAAUACACCAAAUGGGAAAACUGAAGUCAAUGAUACUUCCAAAGCAGAUUCUUCAAAAGCUGCUGCUAGCAAUGCAGAUUCCGACGGACCCCUAGACCUCGCGACUUCCUCUCCCUCAGAUGAUAAGAACAGAAACAGCCCGUCCACAUCGUCCGCUGGGAAUUUGAGUGACAGCUCCAUUCGUCUCCCUGAUGAUGGAUCCCCCAACACCAGUACCCCGGGGGAGCUGGCUGAGGACUACAGGGACAGUCUAGUGGGGAUGCCCAAGGUCCAGUGGUCCCCCAGUGAUGGUGGCUCCCCUUUUGGUUGGAACCACAUGACGGCUGAUGGCAGGAAGGUGACUUCCCUCUCCAGAACUCACUCCAGACUUCCUAUUGUGAAUUCCCCUGUCAAUCGGGACCAGAUCUGUAAGCCCACCACCCUGGACGACGGACGGCAGGUGUUUACCUGUCCAUUCUGUAGCAAGAACUUCUCCUCUUACUCGGAUAUCAACAGACACAUGGAUUUCCAUGAAGAUAUUCGUCCUUACAAAUGUAAAUACUGUGAAUACUACGCCAGGACUAACAGUCAGCUCAAAGUUCACAUGAUGAGGCAUCAAGGUAUUCGAGAGUUUUGCUGCAAAGUCUGUAACUACAAAGGAGUGACACAAUCAGAUCUAAACCGACACAUGAAAUCCCAGAUCCACAUGUUGAAAUCCAGAAAUGAGUGCAGUUUCUGUGGGGAGGGUUUUGUAACGGCCAAGAACCUGGAGAAACACCUUGACGGGAACUGUAUUGUCAAGGUGCAACAAGAAAAGGGAGAGUAUUUAUUUUAAUCACACAGACUGAAACACUAUUUUAUUCAGGGUAUUAAAAAUCAGCAUUUUUUAAGUUGGUAUGAAAGAUGAUAUUGUUAUGGUAACAUGAUUAGAACCAUCUACUUUGGCUUUUUCAUUGGGGUUGAUCAGUGAUUGAAUUCGUAUGCAUAUCAUUUUUUGUAGUAGUAUAUUUUGUUUAAUAACACAUUAAAAUAAUGGAUAUACAUACCAUGUAACAUAAAAUGUCACUGCAAUAUAUUUUUUUUGCUUAGAAAAUUAAAAUUUGUGGAAUCAAGUACACAUAUUCCGACAUUAUACCAUUUGUAUUAUGAAGUAUUAUACAAACAUAACAUCCUGUGAAAUAAUCACCUUACAUACCCGAUAUUGAACUUUGUGCAGUGGUUUAUGUACUUUUUAACCUGUACAGUUGGAUAUUGCACUUUCACACAAGAUUUCACACACUUAAUUAAGAGAUGACAAAUUAAGUAAUGAAGAGAUUACCAUACAUUUAGUCUUUAGUUUGUGAACAUUUGUCCUUGAACAGGGUCUCCUAUACCAGGCAUUAUAAAUUUCAGCCAAGGUGUACUGAUUUAGGUGAAAGCUUAUUGUUCAUGUACAUGGAUAUUUUACGUGACACUCUAAGGGAUGUUGACUGGAAUAGAUGUAUAUUUGGCUCGGUAGACUAUAAAGGUGUGAUUAUGGCCUGAGACGGUGUCACUUAUACAUAUCGUUUUACAACACGGCUACUGCUCUUUUUGGUGUGCCUGUAAAAUGUAAACAGGAAAGCUGAUCCCCCCAUUAUUGAAAUCCAUGUUUGCUUACUCUUUAUAAAUGAUAUUUGUUGGGUCUCUGUUUUGUUGUUUUGUUUAUUUUUCCACACAAUUUAUGAAUUUUUACCUCGUAUUGUCAAUGAUAUUCAAGGGUUCUAUGUUCGAGAAUUAUUUUGAAUUAUUUUACACUGAAACUUAGUUGUUAUAGGAUCUUGAAUUCUUGAGCCCUGUGGCUUGAUGGCAGUUGUACUUUUGUUUGAGUAGUUAACAGUUGUAUAUUUUAACAUCAUUUGAAAUUUUACAGAAAUGUGUAUAUAUAUUUUAAGUUUUCCAUAGUUUAUUUGUCCCAAGAUAUUAAAAUUAUUCAUUAUAUGAGAUACAUGUAUAUAAUUUUCAUUGAAGGUUUUUUGGUUGUGAGUUUAUAUAUUUGUUACCAAGUUUACAAUACAACAAGAAACAUUCCUAUUGUUGAUAUUUUCUUUUUUGUCAUUGUGAUAAUUAAUUUUCAAUCAAACUAGUUUGUUAAUUUGUUCUACAAGAAACUUUGUUGAUACUUUGUAAUUUUGUGUUCAUUUUUUUUGCAUUUUUGAAAUGCCAGUGGUUCUGCUACAGAUUAAUCCAUUUUAAUGUUUUCUCUUGUGGCUACAAAAUUUGUUAUCCAAGUGUUAGUGUUUUUGUAAUAGACCACCAAUUUUGGGGUUGUCAAAACAUGCAGUGACUUAUUCAUGGAUAUUACUUUGUUGCAAAUCUCCUGAUUUUGAAUCCAACCUUUAAGAGAAAAGUGGAAUUGCUAUCCGAAAAUGUAUCAUGUGUAAAAUAUUACUGUCAUGAUGAAUGUAUAUUACUUUCGGUUUUGAAGUUUAGUUAAUUGUUGAUUCCUUAUCAAGCUUAGUAUUACCGGUAUAUUAAGCUUAAGUACCGGUAUGUAUAUUUCAUUUAUAUAAAUCAAGCUUGUAUGUUCACAUUUACAUGUACUUGUCAAUUACCGGUAAUUUCUCACAGUUUCCUUUGUGUUAAUUUGCAAGAAUUAACAGGAAACAGGAAUUUCAAAAAACCACUUUUUAGCAUAUGAAAAACAGCAAUAUAUUAAUCGGGUAUUCAUGGUUUUUUCUUAAGAAAUUAAAAACAUUUACAGGUUGUUUUUGAACAUAUCACAAAUCAAGGGGGAUAAUUUUAUAUUCCUUUUAAACAUUUUUGUUGUUUUUCUGAUACAUUCCUAUGUUUAUAGCAAUCAACUGAAAAUUGUGCAACAAUCCACAUUAUUUAAAGUUUAUUUAACAGUGCAAUUGGACCUAAAUUGGCAGCCCAUAUUCAUUAUUUUUUCCAUAUCAUACCAUUCCUUUCAGUUAGGCAGAUCUGAGCUCCCAUGUUUUUGGUAUCCUACACAUGCGAUUCCUCAUUAGUAUCCUGUGGUCUUUAUACAAUGGUUUGGUAUUGUUUGAAAAUGUGCGUCAAAUUUGUCAGAUUUUUUAUGAUUAUGUAUAUUGUACUCAUUUUGAUUAGGUCUUUCUUCUUGGCAGUGUUUUACAAAAUGACUUGCAACUAAAGUAAUAAAUGCUUCUUUUUCAUAAUUUAAAUGACUUUUCAAAUCCAGUCGUAUAAAUCAUGACAAUGGAUAUUAAAAUUGCUAUGAAUAAAUAGUUUUGUAUAAAUUUUACACAUUGAUAACUACAUGCUAUCAUAUUGUUGUUUAGACUUAAACUGACUAGAAUUAGACUUAUAAUUAGACUUGUGAAAUCACUACUCUAAAAUACACAAAACAAUUUCAGUUUCUGUAGAUUGGUCAAAAAUAUGUUGCAAGUUUUUUUGUAAAACUCAGCCCUGAUUUUCUGAAGGGUAUUAGUGAACUGUGAUCAUGAGGUUAGCACAGAGAGAAGUGAUCGUUGAUCGUCCAGGAUCGUUGUAGUUUAGUGCUCUCCUGUUCCUGAUACUAUGUAUAUAUAUACUUAUUUACCACUGAAAUCCAGGUUAUUUGUACAUACAGGUAUUUACAAUAAUAUCCCAACUUACAUUGAAAUUCAAUUAUAUUAUUAUAUUAAUGUUAUAAAUCAAACUUAUAUAGUAUAUGUGUAUCUUUAUCAUUCCAUUUGUUGAUAUAUGUACAAUUCUAUCAAGAAACCCUGUUGUUCAUCGAUUCAGAAUGAGCUAUCUAGAAAUAAAGAGUUUAGUUAUUGUCAA